UACUUGCUAAUUGUAGACGUAUAUUGGCUUGACUUGCAUUGCACUCCCAUGAAACUGUCUUAUCCUUGUUUAUCUGAAGCUAAUCACAACGACUCUGCACUCGCACUCAGGAUAGCCCGGCACUCUUCCUGUGCUGCGUGUGAUUCUUGUCCUGGCUUGCGACCGCCAGCAAGCGUCGAGGUGGUUCUAGAUGACGAUGCUCACCAAAAGUCUCUACUCGGCGAUCUAACACAAUACGGCUCCGACGAAGAGGACGGGCCCGCAUACCUCGAAACGUGUAUAUGUGGCCACGAUGUAGCAGACCACGGUAGUCAAGUAGCCGCCUUAGGACGGGAGGAAUUUUCUCGCAAAGCACGCCUUGCAACUCGUCUUGAUGAUCUUUUCCAAGAGGCAGACAGGCUACUUGACUUCAAUUAUACAGAUGAAGAGAUCGACUCCCUCAGGCAACAAAUGAAGAUGUCCGUCUCUAUGGUUAGCAUAGCGUCUCCUUCCAUCCAACAUUCUUCUCCGGCUGAUCGACCAAUGUCCCCGGCUUCUUCCGUACUCAGUGACGAACCUCCCCCUUCAAAGCGUCGACGGUUGUCUUCAUCUUCACUCAGCGAUGCAGAAGAAGAAGAUGACGAUGAUGACGAUGACGAUAAACCUUUAGCCGCCCAAGUCGCAGAUUCGAAUGUCGCCACCGUAACGAGUUCCAGGAAGGCUGUGACUCAAAGAAGCGGCAAGAAGACUUCCAGUAUGAAGUCGAAAGCGCAGACAGCUCCCACAGGAGACAAAAGGCCAGAGAAGAAUGGUGUUCCCAAUGGUCGCAGCUCGGAUCUAAAAGUAAAAGUCGAAGAUAAGAUGGAUGAGGGCCAACUCACCCGCCUCGCGACUGGAGUUACAGUGGACACGGGGCCAGCAUCCUCCGCUGCACCUUCCCACAAGCCCGAAAAAGCUGCUUUUAUUGAGCUUCGCAAGGGGAUUAUUGAGAUAACUGCGGUGGAGAAUGACCGACAGCCGCGCUCUUUAAUCAUUCUCACUGGUCUAAAGACCUUGUUCCAAACACAGUUGCCCAUGAUGCCGCGCGAGUACAUUGCGCGUUUAGUUUAUGACCACAACUCCAAAGCACUCGCAAUCAUCAAACGUGGUUAUAAGGUCGCAGGCGGUAUUUGCUACAGGCCUUUCCCGCAUCGUGGUUUCGCAGAGAUAGUCUUCUUUGCUACUGCAUCCGUAGACCAAGUAAAGGGUUACGGUGGCAUGCUUAUGGACAACUUCAAACAACACAUCAAACGUACAUACCCCAAUGUGAUGCACUUCCUCACCUACGCCGACAACUUUGCUGUAGUAUUUUUCAAGAAGCAAGGCUUCUCGAAGGAGAUCACGCUCGAUCGCUCUGUGUGGGCUGGGUACAUUAAAGACUAUGAGGGCGGGACGAUCAUGCAGUGCACCAUGCUGCGCAAGGUCAACUAUCUUGACAAAGUCAACAUCAUUUCUCAGCAGCGGGAGGCGAUCCUCACGAAGAUCCGCGAGAUGUCGAAGUCGCACAUCGUGUAUCAGGGUCUUUCGCAAUUCCAAGAAGGUGCUCCGGAAGGAAUCACAGUGGAUCCCAAGGAUGUUCCAGGGCUAAGAGAGAGUGGUUGGACACCUGGCAUGGAACACAGCACACGUUCUGGGAAAAGUGCCGAGCACACCCAAAUACAGCGCCUCCUGUCCGAUCUCAAAGCCCAUCCCUUAGCCUGGGCUUUCCUAAACCCAGUCAAUGCCGAUGAGGUCCCGGAUUAUUACGGUGUAAUCAAGAGACCUAUGGAUUUCAGCACGAUGGAGCACAAAUUGGACACGAACCAAUAUUCCUCGCUCAAAUUUUUUCUUGACGAUGUUCAACUGGUGGUCGAUAAUUGCAAGCUGUACAACCCCGAAACAUCGAUAUACCAUAGGAAUGCAGUGAAGCUCGAGAAAUUUAUGAAAGAGCAAUGUGCAGAAUAUGCAAAGCGAGGGUCCUGAGGACAGUUGUCUUGUCAUGCUUUUUUUUAUUACGUCGCAUCUGUAUUAUUUACCAGGGAUCAUCAUGUUUGUAUCGUAUAUGACUUCUCAGAAAUGAUAAAUUUGUUCGCAGAC